ACAGCAACGUAACAACAACAACAACAGCAAAAACUCAGAACAGGAAGAGAUGGCGUCUUUACAGUUUAUUAUUCUUUUGGCUUUUUUACAAAAGACACCCUAGGUAUAGGCUAUUAGGCUUGCAUGGUGAAGUUCAUGGAUUUUUAUGAAUUUUUCGCUGAUCCGCGGUGCGAUGUUAACACACGAAAUACCGAUUGAAGCAUAUUAUGGCAUUGUUUCUGUGCAGUAUGACAAUGGCCAAGGUAGUAGAGAAUACUGCAUCAUGUAUGACCCAUCACAAUACAAACUACCUACGAAGCUUGAGCAAGCACCAUACAAACCCUUGGCGGAUUUGACACCAUCUGUCCUUUGCAGUGACACCAAGUUGUCUUCGUUGGAAGGUCAUGUAGCUGCCGUCAUGAGAGGCAAUUGUACCUUCACAGAGAAGGGUUUGCAUGCACAGCAGGCAAAGGCUGAAGGGGUUUUGGUUGUCAGUGAAACAGGAGUGACCACCCCAUCUUUAAAUGAAUCCAUUCAAAUUGACAUACCCAUCGUUCUUCUGGAUAAGAAAGACUUCCAAGAUCUAUUGAUUCAAGGAUCAAGUCCCGAGGUGGCCUUGUACAGUCCCCAACCACCGCAGUGGGAUUAUAACAUGAUAGUGAUUUGGCUAAUGGCUACGGGUACUCUGGCAAUCGGAGGCUUUUGGGCAGGACUCAUGGGUUACAAGCAACACAAACGAGAAAAGAGACAUGAGAGGAGGGAUGGCCAGGGUCGCUACCAGAAUGUUAACAAUGGAGAAUCCAGUGAAUCUGAUGAGGAGGAAAGUGAAGAGACAGAAGCCGUCACAAUCACCCCUCCUAUUGUUAUCUGUUGGGUCCUCAUGAUCAUGGUGUUACUGCUUCUUUUAUUCUUCUUCUACAGCCCAGUUGUAUACGUUGUGAUUGCGCUGUACUGCAUAGGUGCAUGGUCAGGCAUGCAUACUACAUUGCUACCUGUGGUCAAUUUCGCUAUUCCUUGUAAGGAAAGGCUGCCUCUGAUUCCUGUGUUCCAGAAGCGUCCCACAGUCACAAGUGCCAUAUUGUGGCUAGGCUGUGGAGCAUUUGUCCUUACCUGGUUCUUCUAUCGUAAGGAAUCAUUUGCCUGGAUCUUGCUUGAUAUCUUGGGAAUAUGUUUCUGUAUCAGUGUGCUGAAGGUUGUUCGUCUACCAAACUUCAAAACAUGUGUCCUUCUUCUGUCACUGCUGUUUGUUUAUGACGUCUUCUUUGUUUUCAUCACACCUCAUUUUACAAAGACUGGUGAGAGUGUGAUGGUCAAAGUAGCUACAGGUGGCGAGUCAGCUUCAGAGCAGAUUCCUGUCCUGCUGACUGUGCCACGGCUCUGCCAUUCGGUGUUCUCUGUGUGCAAUGUUUACUCCAUGCUGGGCUUUGGAGACAUUCUAGUACCAGGUCUGCUUGUUGGUUUCUGCCACACCUAUGACUUGAAAGUUAAAUCUCCAAGGAUAUAUUACAUCACAUCUGUUAUUGCAUAUGGUGUUGGACUGAUAAUCACCUUCAUCGCACUCACCCUCAUGCAGACAGGACAGCCUGCUCUCCUCUACUUGGUACCCUGCACCGUCCUGUCUACCCUGGCUGUAGCAGUCUGUCGUAAAGAGGUCUCCGAGCUAUGGAACGGUGGUCCGGUGAAUAACCAUCACAUAUUGUGAAUGACAGGGAAGGUCGGGAAGGAGAAAAAUGACUAGGACAGUAAGAGUGAGACAAGAGACAGAUUCACACACACCAUCAUCGGCAACGCUACAGUCAACUGAUGGAGAGCAGGUGAAUGAAGCAUUUUCAGAGGACACUCCAUCCCCACCUAAUCCUCAAAGCCAGGAUCAUGUAGAAAAGUGAAUUAUAUAGGGCGAUAACAGCAGCGCAUCAAAAAUGCAUAUUUUGGUCUGCAUGGUAUGCCCGUAGGCUUUUGUACAAAUCUUUCUGUGCAAUAUCAUGCCUAUUGCACGAUAUAGUGAAUAAAAUAAUUAUAUUGAAUGUUUUCUCCAUAGGAUAAUUUGAAUAUUUCAUUUGAUAGUGCCAGUAUUGCACUCACCUUUGAUUCAUGCAAAAUUGGCCGUAACUUGUGGAAUAUUUCUGAUAUAGCAUUUUUAGCCAUUGAAUAUGAUACAAUUAUUUUAUACCAUACACGUAUAUGGAAAAGAAUGCUAAAUUAUCUGUUUCCUAGUCAUUUGUGUUUAGAAGAGUUUGGAAAUUUGGAUCUUGAUAUAUUAACCAGUUUGCUAUUUGAACUGAAUGGUCACUAUUCAAAGCAUUUAGGAUUUAGAUGUUUCAGUAUUCAAUUGACUAAAUGUUAAUAGGAGACUGUCAAUCUGAAAACACGAGAAGGGUAAUGUAAAGGAAACAAAAGUUGAUGAUAAUAUCCGACUUUGAUUCUCCUGUUGGAGAUUUUAUUAAUACAUGUCUAAUACCAUUUUUAGAUUACUUUGCUUUUGUCUUAAUGUUGGAAGUUGGUACAUGUUUGUAUCUUGCAGGGCAUAACUGUUUAUAUAAUUGUUCUCUGCAUGUAGAAGAUCAUUUUUAAAACUCUUAAACUAUAAUGUUUUUAUUGAUUAUAACAUUAUGAUUUUAGGUUAACACACUAGAUAAAAAUUAGGUUUUAUUGGGAAAGUGUGGUAUAUAUAUUUUUUAUUUUUAGUCAAGAACACAAUUUUCAUGCCCAUGUUUUGAAUAAAAAAGAAAGUUUUUAAUUUUAUUCUCCUUAUAAUUCAAAAUUAUUAAAUGAUAAUAAUUUCUAAUAAUCUUGUUAAAAUGUACACACUAGAUAAAAAUUAGGUUUUAUUGGGAAAGUGUGGUAUAUAUAUUUUUUAUUUUUAGUCAAGAACACAAUUUUCAUGCCCAUGUUUUGAAUGAAAAAGAAAGUUUUUAAUUUUAUUCUCCUUAUAAUUCAAAAUUAUUAAAUGAUAAUAAUUUCUAAUAAUCUUGUUAAAAUGUACACAUUAAGGAAGCCCUGGCUAAAAGUUUGUUUAUUACUAGUUUGAUUGGUUUUCUGUAAGUGGGCAUUACACAAAUACAGAUUUGCAUGGUUUUAUGUCUGAGCCCAAUAUAGAUGGUUGCUGCAGGCAUGUUUGGGUUGUCUGUCUUUUUUUCAUGAUAUAAAGAAUCGAUUUAUGGCUCAACUUCAAACUUGGUGCAAGUAUACUUGUUAAAGUGAUUAUGAUCUGUUUAGAUUUGGGAGUCAAGAUGUAAAAGAUCAAAGGUCAUUUAUCUGAAAAGAACUUCUCAUGAUGACCUAAGAACUAUUUGAAAGAUUGACUUCAAAACUUGAUUCAAGUGUGUGAGUGAUGACUAUGUUUAGAUUCAUGAUCAUGAGUAUGAAUGUCAAAAGUCACAGAUGACUAUUAGUAUCCCUAAAUUAGACCCCAAAAUAACCAAUCUGGAAUGAAAUUAUUGGAAAUGGUUUUUCCAGCAGAUUUGAGUAGAUAUCGGUGUCAAAAUUUACCAGAAAAAAGUUAGGAGGAAUAUGGGGUAGGGAAAGUGUUUUUUUUUUCAAGGUCAAAGGUCAAUUACCUUUUCAUACAUACUGUACAAUGGUAUCUCUGAGAUGAAAAGGAGCACGUUGGUGAUCAUGGUGUAAAAAUGCACAGAUUCUUACAAGAAGAUCAAGUAUAAUAAAAUUAAGUACCUAGAAUGCACAUUCACCCAUAAAAUUCAAGGUCAAAGCAUUUCAAAGUUCAAUGACCUUUUUUACAUUUUGUACCAUGCUGUAUAAUGGUAUACAACCACCCCAGUUUCUUUGCAUUUAUUCAUACCAUUAUUGCAUUGGUUUGGUAAAGAAAAACAUACAAUUUUAUGUUUAUAUGUUUUAUUUGUGUAUUGUAUAUAAUAUAUGUUAUGAUACAGUAUUUAUUUGUGUAAACAAAUUUGCAGAUACAGAUUAAUAUGUAAAUAUUCAGUAUCAUGUAAUUUGAACAUUAUGUACUCUUAAAUUCAUUAUCAUUCAUAUAAUUUUUUAUGUUCAUUUUAUCUCGUGUUAAUUUUAAAUAAAUUCUAAAGGAUGUGAUAAUUUAUGUUGAUUAAUAGCAUAAUAGGAUUUUUACAGUCACUUUGACUGCAGAUUUAGAUCAUGGAAUUUUUUUAUUGUCUAAGAUAACAUGAUUGCAUAAGAUUGUGUACAUGACACAUUCCUAAUGUCUCUAGCAAUCUCACCAUUACAAUGAACAAUAAAUAAGAUAACUUAAUGGGACUGAAAUAAGGGGAGAAGAAAUUCAUAACAAAUCCAUUGAUAAAGUAAUUUUGAGGGAAACACAUUGUUUUAUUAUAAUUGCAUGUUUCUGUUCCUUGCAAAAUAAUAUGGCAUUAAAUUCUAGUUGCUUGUGA